GACAGAUUGAACACCAUAAAGAAAGAGUGAAAGAAAAGAAUAGGAGAGAAAGACUAAGGGGGAGAAAAUGAAAGAAGAACAAAAACCCAAAGUCCACACCCCCGGCGUCCCGGUUCCGCCGUCUGCGCGCCGCACGCAGAGACCGCCUCUAUCGGGGAUGGGGGUGAGGGAUAUUCGUCAGACGAAGGAGUAUAAGGUUGCUGCGAGGCGGUGGCUUUCGACGAUCGUGGCGUUGCCGGUUUUUAUGUAUACUUCUUGGGUGUUGUAUGAGAGGACAUACGGGGAUAAACAGCAGAAACGGUUGAACGAGGGGAGUGGAAACGAGAGUGCAGAGUGAUCGAUUUGACUGAUUGAUUGGUUCUGUAUCCCAGUGGCUUUGAUUUCUUUUUGGUUUGUUGAAUGGUCAGUUUGUACUAUAGCUACUAUAUUUUAUGGAUGUAUAUGUAUAUGUGUAUGACUACGGUAGAGGAGUUGUAGCAUGUGAUUC